AUGCGCUCAUCGCUGUCCCUUCUAGCCGCUGUUUCCCGCGGACAGGCUUCCCGUCUAAGGAAGCCCACUGUGAGCUUGGAUCAUUUCAUCCAGAGGCAGCGGGUGCUGGCAUUAUGGCGCGAUAUUGUCAGAGCAGUGAAUAGUAAACUCAUUCCGUUAUCAUUAUGUGCUCUGUUGCUCAUGCUUCCAUUUAGAGAUCCCGCCCUCGUCAACGCGAGACGAGCUACGCAGCUAUGCGCGUCAUGA